AUGUGCGCCCAAAAAUCGAGGAAAGAAUUCCUGCGGCAAUGUCGCCGGCAAGGUGUACGACCAGCGCACAUACAGAACACCUUUCGAUGCACUCACUCGCUGCUAGAGGAUGCCAGUCCGUACCGAGGCAAGCUGGAAAAAGCUAUGGAGCUCUUCACGCGCACAAUUCUCAACACCGAGAUAAAAGACAGCUUCUACAAAAUGCAGCGGCUGGAAAGAGACAAAGCUAGCCUCACUAGCCAAAUCACACAGGUUAGAAUAGAGAGGAAGAUUCAACGGCUGAUUGCAAGGGUUGAAGUUGAAAACACCGUCUCCUUCACCGAAAACGAUGCUUGGAAACGGAACACCACUAACGUGGAGGUUCCCAACCACACAAAAAUUCUAUUAGGAUAUGGUCCCAAAUUCGCCUUGCCGUUUGAGAAUAAUCAAGAAAUACCUUAUUUCAAGAUUAUUGCGGAUUUGGAAUCUAUCCUCAAACUUGAGCCGGAUCCGAUUCUUCAAGCGGCCAACCGCAACCAGUUCACCAACAUCCUUCAAAAUUACGUGAACAAGAGGAAGAAUGGUUGUUUCAACACCACCUCCAACCGCGUUGAACACUUCAUGACCGAAGCGCUUAGCACUAGUAGAAAGUUUAUCCGUGAUCAUCCUGAUGUAUACAUCGUACCCGCUGACAAGGGCAAUAAAACUGUGAUCAUGCUAAAAAACGAAUAUGAAGAGAAGAUGGAUGCACUUGUCAGCGAUGCGAACACAUACGAAAGGAUCGAUACGGAUUGGACUAAUAAAAUACAAACACACAACAACAAGCUAGUGAAUAAGCUCUUCGACCAGAAGAUGAUCGAUCAACAAACCAGGUCGAAGUUGGUUUCCUACCACGCGACCUGUCCAAAAAUAUACGGGCUCCCUAAAAUACACAAACCGGACAGUCCACUCAGAGUCAUAUUAUCGUGCAUUAAUUGCCCGACAUAUGAUCUGUCCAAGUACCUUGCAGACAUACUACAUCGCUCGAUCGACCACAACAAAUACAAUGUGCAAAAUUCAUACGAAUUUUGCACAUUCAUAAACAAUAUCAACCUGCCUCCAGGCUAUGUAUUGGUCUCGUUCGAUGUGGUAAGCCUGUUUACGUGUAUUCCACGGGACGUUGCGAUAGAAGCGGUGCGAAAGAACUGGAGUAUGAUCGAGAAAAACACCACAAUAAAGAAUGUCGAAAUGUUCAUAGAACUAAUUAAAUUCAAUCUCUCCUCCAGUUAUUUCGUACACCGUGGCAACUUCUACUGUCAAAAGUCGGGAACGGCAAUGGGUAACCCAUUGUCUCCGGCUCUUGCAGAUCUAGUGAUGGAAACAUUGCUAGAUCACGUGCUUGAAGGGAUUGAUAUUCCUAUUCCAUUUUUGAAAAAGUACGUCGACGAUUUGAUCACCGCUCUCCCAAUCGACAUGAUUGAACAUGUGAGAAAUGCGCUCAACGAGUUCAACUCACACAUUCAAUUCACGUGUGAAGUGGAAAAUAAUAAUCAGCUGCCGUACCUUGACAUGCUGCUUAUACGCACAGCGCAGCAAAAAAUCGUCACCGACUGGUACAAAAAAACCUGUAGCAUCGGGGCGCAUUUUGAAUUAUUUUUCAUUUCACCCUCUCACACAAAAACUGAACACGGCCACUGGCUUUAUUGGGAGAGUGUUCAAGUUGUCGACGUGCAGAUCAGAAAAUGA